GUUCUCGUCUACUCGCCGUGCGCUCCUCGCCGUCGUCGUCGCCGUCGCCGUCGCCGUCGUCGACGAGCGCGUCGCGGCGCUCGAGAGCGUUUUCUCCCUCGGGGAUCACCUAGCCGCGGAUCGCGAUCGCGGGGACUCCUCGGCGACUCGUUCCGGAACGCGCUCCUCCUGGUGCGCGGAUUCCUAUACGCGGAUCUCGAAUCGCCGGAUCUCGGAGCCGACGGGCGAGAGUCUAGAAAAAGAGAGAAGGACUGCGCCUCGUCCUCGUCGUGGCCGCUCCUCCAAGUCGCGGAAAUGUCCUCCGGUCUCGCUUGCACGGCGGGCCGCGCAAGGUUAUAAAAUCCCACCCCGUUGUUACCCGCACCGUCACCGUCGGCGCCGUCGGCACCGUCGGCGUGGAUGGUGCGCUGGUGGUCGUGCUAGUGCCGGUACUGGUGAUCGUCCGCUCUCUCGUCUGCCAGUUGUCUAGUUGUUGUUAUUGUCCGGCGCAUCUCGCACCAAGGGGAACCGUCCAAUAGAGACUCUCUUCUCGCCCAGACGCCCUUAAAGGCAGCUGUCUAAGUGCAAAAACUGAGGGGUCUGGGGCGCACGAAGGCGAGAAGAAAUGAGGUGGACGUGACACAAUGACAUGAUGAAGAGCCUGGUGGGGAUCAUGUGGAUAGUGUUGGUGCUCAUAUCAGGAUGCUCAGGAAAUCCAGACGCGAAGCGAUUAUACGACGAUCUCUUGUCGAAUUACAACAAGCUGGUUCGUCCAGUGGUCAACGUCACAGACGCCCUCACCGUUAAAAUAAAGCUCAAGCUUUCGCAGCUCAUCGAUGUGAAUUUGAAGAAUCAGAUCAUGACGACGAACCUCUGGGUCGAGCAGGCAUGGUAUGAUUACAAAUUAAAAUGGGAUCCGAAGGAGUACGGUGGAGUGGAAAUGCUGCAUGUGCCGUCAGAUCACAUAUGGAGGCCCGAUAUAGUUUUAUACAACAACGCCGACGGUAACUUCGAGGUGACGCUGGCGACGAAGGCGACCCUCAACUACACGGGUAGGGUCGAAUGGAAGCCGCCGGCGAUUUAUAAGUCUUCCUGCGAGAUCGACGUCGAAUAUUUUCCCUUCGACGAGCAGACGUGCGUGAUGAAAUUCGGCUCGUGGACUUACGACGGCUUCCAGGUCGAUCUUAGACACAUCGACGAGGUCCGAGGCAGCAAUGUCGUCGACAUCGGCGUCGAUCUGUCGGAGUUUUAUACUUCCGUCGAGUGGGAUAUACUAGAAGUCCCUGCUGUGAGAAACGAAAAGUUUUACACGUGUUGUGACGAGCCUUACCUCGACAUCACUUUCAACAUCACCAUGAGACGGAAGACUCUAUUCUACACCGUUAACCUCAUAAUACCCUGCAUGGGGAUAUCAUUCCUCACGGUGUUGGUGUUUUACUUGCCAAGCGACAGUGGAGAGAAGGUCAGCUUGUCCAUCUCGAUUCUAUUGUCACUGACUGUGUUCUUCCUCUUGCUGGCCGAGAUUAUCCCGCCUACGUCGCUCGUGGUACCGCUUCUUGGUAAAUUCGUCCUCUUCACUAUGAUCCUCGACACCUUCAGCAUAUGCGUAACAGUGGUGGUCCUGAAUGUGCACUUCCGUUCGCCGCAGACCCACGUAAUGUCGCCGUGGGUCCGACGCGUGUUCAUCCACGUUCUGCCGAGGCUGCUGGUAAUGCGCAGGUAUAAUACGCCAUCGCAGCGAACCGAUUACGAUUCCAGGCCGCAGUACCAGCUAGAUAAGCAUGGGCGUAGCAUGGGCGGGCAUCAUGGUCAUCGCGUGAUGGUCAGAACAUGCAACGGUCUCGAACUGCGAGACCCAUCACUGUUCGUCGAGUCCUCGGCCUCGGAGCUGGUCGAGUCCUCCGUGCUCUUUCCUAGUGUCGACUCACGGGACGAGCUGCAUCCUCGGGAGUUGGAAGCAGUAAAUUUAGGAAGCACGUGCCGUAUCCACGGUUCGCCAGCGGCAACGGCCGCGCCGCCGCCGCAGCUUCCAACAGAGGAGAGCGUCGACGCUCUCUGCAACACGCUUCACCAUUGGCAUCACUGCCCAGAACUAUACAAGGCCAUAGAAGGCAUUCGCUUCAUCGCCGAUCAUACGAAGAGAGAAGAGGAUUCUACUAGAGUCAAGGAGGAUUGGAAGUACGUCGCGAUGGUGCUCGACAGACUAUUCCUCUGGAUCUUUACGUUAGCCGUAGUCGUCGGCACGGCCGGGAUUAUCCUGCAGGCGCCGACCUUGUACGACGAUCGCAUCCCCAUCGACGUACGGCUCUCCGAAAUCGCCUCCACCACUGCCAAGCCACACAUCGUCACGCCCCUCUGAGGGACAAUUACUAAUUGCAUUAAUGACGCGCGCGUAAAACACGUAUACAAACAUAUACAUAACAACCUAUUACUACUAUUACUACAUCGACACAGGCGACAAGCGAAACGUAUUAACGUCCGAAAGACUGAAGCCUCGCCAGGUCUUCGACUUUUGCAUGAGUGCGUGUCGUUCGACUUUGCGCAUUUGCGCCGCUGCCGAACGGAGAAUUCUUAUUAUUAUUGACCCACUAACUGUCGGACUUUUAUGUUUUAUUUUUAACCGACGAUAUAAGAAAAUUAUUAAUGGCCAAUUGAUGAUAUAAGAAAUAAAGAGUCGCUGGUUCACAAAUGAGGACGGUGACAGUUAAUGGGUUAAGGCGAUGCGUAUUCCUCACUUCUCUGUUUCGCGCAACACACAGGACAUUUGUUAAUUAAAAAAAAUUCUGCAACCCCAUAUGUGAGACAAUUAGAAUAGCUAAUUUAUUUUAUUGUAAAUUCUCAAUUUUUAAAAUUCGAGAGCAGAUUGAUUUUUUAGCAGUCCCACUUCCGAAUUUCUUCCUUUUCGAUUAUUAAAAACUGUCAAAUUGCUGAUGUUUAUAAUGAAAUAAGCGAAAUACGCUUACAUGUUAAUUAAUUAUGGCCUAUAGGGGGUAAAGCGAUUCGUAAUCACGCGUUGAUUUUGUUGUCUUACUAAGAAUUCCCGAGCCACAGUGGGAGAUAUGAGCUUCCCGCGCACAGAAGGUGAUAAAGGAAA